CCUCAACCAUUUGAACCAUUUGAAUGACUAUACGUCCUGCACUUAAGUGUCUGCGUUACCUAUGUCUUUUAAAAGGAUAGGAUGAGAAGCAAUGUGCGUUUGCAAGUAUCUGUUUCACAACACUCGAAAUAGCACCAGUUUAACAUAACAUUUCGAAAGCUGUUCUUGGCAAGGGGUAUUAGUCAGUCAUAUCCUUUGGUUAUGCAAUUUAUUUGCCAAGCUGACUACUCAAUCACCCUAUUUUGGGGUAGCUACUAUAGAAAAUAUCAAAGUAGUAGCACAAAACCCCCAAAACUUCCACAGGUCUGGGAAAACAAUCGAAUUUAUGUGAAGAUCACGAAUUAUCACUUGACUUUAGGGGAAACCCAGAUAUUCCCCCAUAAUCGAGAGGUGGGGACAUUGUCAAUAAUAUUUCCAAGGUCUGUCAGGCUAAUAAAAUGGAUAAUAUAAAGCGAAAUUUCGGGAGUACACUGCAGAAAUUUUGAAAGAGUCUGUGAAUAUAGGCUACCAUGAAUCACAUUGUAACCCUAAUUAACGCUAAAAGUUUUUCACCAGCUCAAUUUCACAGUUUCGGGUUUUCCCUAAAAUCAUAAAAAUUCAUAGUUUUCCCCAGUCUAAAGGAAUAUUGUGAAGGACCUAACAUUCAUUCGAGCGUUUUGGUGAUUUCCUCAAAAUAACUCGCACGUUUUGUGAAAAACUCUUGACCAUGAAAGAUUUGGGGGAUCUAGUUAUAUUUCCCUUAGAUUUCCUGUUGCUGUCUUUCUAUGGUUUUCCCGUCGUUGAUAAAAUCCCCCGAAAAUAGGGAGAUUGGUAGUCUGGGGCAAGUAAUGCGGAUUUUUCCCUAUGUAAGCGAAAAAUGCUGAAGUUAUACCCUAAUCCUCUUCGAAAUUAAAAUAAAGUUGUCUACUGUUUAUCAGUAUUAACACGUCGAAUAGUUAAGUUAGCUCGAAAUUCGGCAGGAUUGUCUACCAAAGCAAUCACUUUAAUAGACUUCUUAGGUAUACUGCUGUACACCUAAGGCGUUUGCCUUUAUUUUCCCCAGGACAACCAAAUUUUCUACCCAUUUGUUAUAAUUCAAACAAUUGAUUUUUAUGAUGUGAAUAAUUUGUCAACAAGUUUCACACAAAUUUUUCAAUAUUAUUUAGGUUUCUGUGACAGUUAAGUGUUAGUAUUGCAAUUAACCCGAAAGAUUGUCUUCAAACAUAAUCUAAAAUAAUGUAGUUAAUGCGAAAUUUGUUAAACAUGUGUUUAUUAAGGCUUCUUAGUUAAAGUAAAAUACUAAUGCUUAAAUAUACUCUCACCUUUUUCCAAAUACAGGCAGAUGAGAUCAUAGUUGUGUGUUAUGCAUCGUCCCAGCUGCUAUCUCGAUAUAAAUCUGUGGUCGAAGUGAACUUUGGCUUUAAAUUUGGUUCAGUGUGACUAAACUAAGAAGUGAUAUGGUUUCACAAAACGUCCAACUGUUGAUCUGGAUCUUGCUAGAUCUAAAUUAGGUUCCUUGGUUUUGGUUUUGGUAACUGGUAAAUGAGUAGCAUCCUGGUACAUUUAGCAGCACUGAAUAAUACACUCACUAGAUAACAAUCAGUUGCUUCGUACGAAUUGAAUGGUCCCAUUGUCAGCUUGUUUCACUAUUUUUGUUGGUUCUAUUUCUUUGUAAUCCUUUAAAGAGUAACAUAUUGAACAAACGGAUGGGUGCAUUGCUUCAAGCUGACCAACUUCGUUCAAUUUUUGUCAUAAUGAUAAUGUUUAUCUCUGUGUUAUAGGAACCGUUUCCGAAAAGGUCUCAGAUAAUCGAACUGCCAACUGAUGGUCCUACAUGUUCACAUGGUCCUAUGUUGAAAAUAGUUGAUCAGAUCUCCAAUUCAUCUCAAUAUGCUUGUUCGGCAUUUCGUGAUAAAAGUGAAUGUGCGAAACAAGACUUGUACCAAAGCAGUACCUUAAAAAAUUGGUCAUUGGAAGAUGUUUUCGGAAUAAGCCAGUCAGAUAGAGCCUAUUGUUACACUUGUGAUUGUUUGUUUUCAUUGUCAUUGAGUGGAAAAAAACAUGAAAUGCACGAGUAUAGGAAAAAUCUAUCAAAUAAUCUGUUGGGAAUGCCAUCAUACCUGUUAAAACCACUGGAAGAUUCUAAGGCUCAUGCACAAUAUUUUUUCUCUUUAGAUAGUUUGAAUCGACUGUAUUCCAUCAUUCAAAAACUGUCAGUAAACUAUGUCAUCUGUAUUGGUUCACCACGUCUACAUGACUUCAUACAACUUCAGCGCAUACAUAGAGGACAGUUAUUAGACUCAUACUUAUUAGAUAUGGACUUUCGACUGUCUAGUUUCUAUCAUCUAGAUCGUUUCUCACGGUAUAAUAUGGUAAAUGGGUUUUUCUUCAGUCAAAUGGAAGAAGAAAAUUUUCGUCAUUUCAUGAAAGAUAAUAUAAAACCUAGUGAUAAAUGCUCCAUAUUUUGUGAUCCUCCAUUUUCUGCACCAUUAUCGCUAAUUGUGAAGCAGAUCAGAUUUUUAAGCAAUUCAAUAAGACAGUAUAUUUCAGGUUUCCAAAUUACUAAGAGUAAUUGCGAGAGUUUAAAUGAAAACGAUAUUCCAUACCUGCUAGUUCUCCCAUUUUUCUUCGAGAAAAAGCUGCAGAAGAUUGCUCCAUUUUUGAACUUGCUGGAUUAUAAAAUAACUUAUGAAAACCACUCAAGAUUGGAUUGUGAUAUCAGUGAUGAUCGAAACCACAUGAAUUUAAAUAAUAAAAUUGGUGAUAAUUCAAAUAGAGGACAGAGGCGCGACUCGAUUGUCCGCUUAUUUACAAGUUUACUUCCUUCUUUGGUCCAUCCACCUAAAUCAAUUGAGAAAUGUUUCAGGUUUUGUGAAAUUUGUCAACGUUAUUCGCACAUAACAAAUCUACACUGUUCUAAAUGUGACCGUUGCACCACUAGAAAUGGACCAACCUAUGUACACUGUGAUAAAUGUAAUCGUUGUAGACCUGCAAAGAAAUUUCAUUGUAAUCAAUGUAAACAUUGUGUAUCUAUCAAUCAGUGUGUUCAUCAAUUCAAACGCAAAAAGCUCUCUUACAAUACACCUGAUAAUGUUUAAUUUGUAAAGUAAUAUUUAUUCAAUAAAAUAUUUUUCUACUUU